CCGAUGCUCUGCACAAAUAACCACAGAACCAGACCAGACUGACCCAGCGGGAUUUAUUGGAGCAAAUAUUUCUUGAGGAAACACUCACCUCAUCUCUUCUCUGAUUGGUGCUUAAUGACGUGGGGGAGGAGUCGACCUGUCACUCAUAGGCAGCAGAAGUCAUUAUGGACGGUGUUCAGUGUGGAAAUGCAGGAGUCGCAGUGAAGAUGAACAGAAAAACAGAUGAAGAUGAACGUGAAGCGUGUGAGCGCAAAGCAUGCUGGGAGCCCAGUGUUCUGUCCACCAUUGGGAAGGAGAUCGUUUACUUCGCCGGUCAUGAGAUCAAAAUCUGGGAGUCUCUGGAUUCAUUCGGUUCCGUCAUCUGGCCUGCGGCUCUAGCUCUGUGUCAUUACCUCGACUCCAACCAAUCGAUGGUAGAUCUUCUGGACAAGGCGGUACUGGAGAUUGGAGCCGGCACAGGUCUGGUGUCCAUCGUGGCCAGUCUGUUGGGAUCUUGGGUCACUGCCACCGACAUGCCGGAUGUCCUCGGGAACCUGAGAGCCAACCUGUGCAGGAACACCCGCGGCCGCUGCAGGUACACCCCACAGGUAGAGGAGCUCACCUGGGGCUACGAGCUGGAGAAAACCUUCCCUCAUUCAGUCUACAGAUACGACUAUAUAUUAGCAGCAGAUGUGGUCUAUCAUCACGAUUACCUGGCAGAGCUACUGGUCACCAUGCGGCACUUCUGCCAGCCUGGAACCACGCUCAUAUGGGCCAACAAAACCCGCUUCGGCACUGAUCUGCUGUUUGUGGAGAACUUUAAAAAGAGCUUCAACACCAGCUUGCUUGCAGACGAUGGAGAGGUCAAGAUUUACGCCGCCACCGCAAAAGAAUUACAGUCAGAAAUGAUGCAUGAAGAACGGGUGAAUGGAGGAGAAUUUCAUGAAGAAAUAUUUGUGGAGCACACACAGGAAUGUGAAAAUGAAGACGUAGAAUCAGAGUUUAGAGAGUUAAAGGCUGAUAUGGAGGAAAUAUUAGAGAUGGAGGAUGAAACUGAGGACAGCUCAAACCCUGACCCACAGGAGAGAGAAGAAAGUGACUGCAUACUGAUGGAUUCACCAUUAGUAGAUCAGAUAUUAGAAAAAGGAGAGAGCACAGAGAAGGACAAACAAGACGAGUGCAAUAAGCGAUCAUGGGCGCCAACUAUUUACUACAGACCAGGGAAAGAGGUUUAUCAUUUUAUGGGGGAGAAAAUCACGAUUGAGGAGGCCCUGGACUCUUAUGGAGCUACAGUAUGGCCAGCGGCUCGUGCUCUUUGCAGAUUCCUGGAAACACCAGAAGGACGACAAAAGAUCGAUUUACUUGACAAAUCUGUUCUUGAGCUUGGAGCUGGAACCGGUUUACUUUCAUCCAUCAUCACGCUUCUGGGUGCCAAACUAACAGCCACGGAUUUACCUGAGAUUCUGAGUAAUCUGACAUGCAACCUCAACAGGAACACAAGAGGACGGAGGAAAUAUGAGCCGCAGGUUGCGGAGCUUUUCUGGGGUGAAAAACUGGACGAAACCUUCCCCAAAUCCACACACAGAUACGACUAUGUGCUGGCCACGGACGUAGUCUAUCAUCAUGACUAUCUAACAGAGCUGAUGAUCACCAUGAGGCAUUUCUGCCAACCGGGAACCACUCUAGUGUGGGCAAACAAACUCCGCUAUGCCAGAGAUCUGGGCUUCAUUGAUGACUUCUUCAGAUAUUUCGAUGCCAGACUUCUUGAGGAGUUGGACGAUGUGAGGAUUUACGUAGGAACCUGUAGGGGAGAUCAUCAUGUUCAGGAGAUGAAGGAUGAAGAGGGAAACCAUGUUGACAUUGAGUCGGAUAACUCUAUCAGAGAGACCGAACAUGAUGAUGUGGAAGAUGAGCUGGAGUGUGUUGAUGAUCAUAGACUGGAAAAUGACAAGCAAGACUAUGAAGAACCAAAGGAGUGUGGAAGAUUUGUGGAGCACGAGGAACUUAAAGAAGCCGAACCUGUUGAGCCAGACCCACCCGAGCAGAGAUCCUGGGCUCCCACAGUCUACUACAGUCUGGGGAAGGAGAUCUACAGCUUUCUGGGACAUGACAUUAAGAUUCAGGAGUCCAUAGAUCAUUAUGGAGGAGUGGUGUGGCCAGCGGCACUGGCCCUCUGCCGAUUCCUGGACACUCAAGCAGGGCAACAGCAGAUCAGUUUACUGGAUAAAUCAACCCUGGAGCUCGGAGCGGGAACGGGCCUCGUCUCAAUAAUGGCCACACUUCUGGGUGCUAAAGUGACAGCCACGGACCUCCCAGAAAUCCUGGGUAAUCUGAGGUGUAAUGUGAACAGGAACACCCGUGGGUGGCGCAGACACGAGCCUCAGGUUUCAGCUCUGCAAUGGGGACACAGACUGGAGCAGAUGUUUCCUCGCUCCUUACAUCAUUAUGAUUAUAUUCUGGCAGCUGACACCGUCUAUCAUCACGACUGCCUGCGUGAGCUGCUCCAAACCCUGCAGCACUUCUGUCAGACCGGGACAACAGUCAUUCUCGCAAACAAGCUCCGAUAUCAGUCCGACAGGGCGUUUAUCCGGGACUUCCAGAAAGCUUUUAACACCACAUUACUGACGGAGAUGGAGGAGGUGAGGAUCUACUCUGCUACCAUUUGAAUUGGGUAAAAAAAAUGUUUAGCCACGCCCCUCCAACUGUUAGUUUGCUGUGAGUGAAAGAUUAAAGGCGGAGCUCAGAAAUAAACCCUGCCCCCUACUUAAUAUUCACUCCACUACCCUUUGAAUUGGGUGAAAAAUGUUAAGCCACGCCCCUCCAACCAUAAGUUCGCCCUGAGUGAAAGAUGAAGGUGGAGUUCAGAAUUAAACUCCGCCCCUACUCAAUAUUCACUCUGCUACCAUUUGAAUUGGGUGAAAAAGUCUUAGCCACGCCCUUCCAAAUAUUAGUUUGCUGUGAGUGAAAGAUUAAAGGCGGAGCUCAAAAAUAAACCCUGCCCCCUACUUAAUAUUCACUCCACUACCAUUUGAAUUGGGUAAAAAAUGUAUAGCCACACCCCUCCAACCAUAAGUUCGCUCAAGUGAAAGAUGAAAGGUGGAGUUCAUAAUUAAUCUCCGCCCGUACUCAAUAUUCACUCCACUACCACUUGAAUUGGAUAAAAAAUGUUUAGCCACACCCCUCCAACCAUAAGUUCGCCUAAGUGAAAGAUGAAAGGUGGAGUUGAGAACUAAACUCCGCCCUUACUCAAUAUUCACUCCGCUACCAUUUGAAUUGGGUGAAAAAGUCUUAGCCACGCCCUUCCAAAUAUUAGUUUGCUGUGAGUGAAAGAUUAAAGGCGGAGCUCAAAAAUAAACCCUGCCCCCUACUUAAUUCACUUCACUACCAUUUGAAUUGGGUGAAAAAUGUUUAGACACACCCCUCCAACCAAAAUUUCGCCCCCUAAGUGAAAGAUGAAAGGUGGAUUUCAUAAUUAAACUCCGCCCCUACUCAAUAUUCACUCUUGAAUUAGGUUAAAAAUGCUUAUUAGUUUGCUGUGUCAAAAACGAAGCUCAGAAAAAUAAAUCCCGCCCCCUACUCAAUAUACACUCCACUACCACUUCAAUUGGGUGAAAAAGUCUUAGCCACGCCCUUCCAAUCAUUAGUUUGCUGUGAGUGAAACAUGAAAGGUGGAGCUCAGAAAUAAACCCUGCCCCCUAUUCAAUAUUCAGUUUUGGUUGGAAAUAGGUAAUGAUUUCAAUUGGGUGAAACAGAGAGAGAAAAGACUAUUAGAAAAGAAAGAGAUGACAAAACUCUGGCGUUAGUUUGAUUAUUAUUGUUGUGGAUUAUUAUUGAUUGUUAUGAAUUGCUUCUUCCUAUUCCUUUUCAGACAUUUAUGAAUAACACUUGUUUUGUAUUGAGUUGUAUAAUUUACUUUGCUUAAUAAUUGUGUUUAUUUUUAUUUUUACAUGUUCGAAAUGAAGUCUAAAGUCUUAGCCACGCCCCUUCAACCAUUAGUUUGCUGUGAGUGAAAUAUUAAAGGUAAAGCUCAGAAAUAAACCCCACCCCCUACUCAAUAUUCAGUUUUGGUUGGAAAUAGGUAUUACUCCACUAGCACUUGACUUGGGUAAAAAAUGCUUAGCCACGCCCCUCUAGUUUGCGGUGGAAGAUGAAAGGCGGAGCUCAAAAAUAAACCACGCCCCCUACUCAAUAUUCCAUUUCAAAUAAGUCAUCAUACUGCAAUAAAAAUCUGAAGGUCUGCGAGUGAACAUUUAAAACAAGUUUAAAGCAUUCAGACACAGUAAAUUAUACCAUUUAAGAUUUAACAAUGAUUAUUUGCAUUUAAUUAUGCAUAGAAUGAAGACUACACAUGCUUUUAAAUCUUAUUCAGUUACUUUAUCAGAGUACGGCUGUAAUAAUAAUAAUAAAAGAGAUGAGGGUUAUUCCUAACCUCUUAUCUUAUUAUAAUAAUUAUUAUUUUAUUAUAUUGAGGGAAAUGCGUGUAUAUUUGGUACCUGUAUUAAUA